CAAGUCGAUAUAUUCACCAGAGAUGUUGAGUUGACCAAGGCAGAUGAAUUUGUCGAUAAACAUCUCGGAAGUAUCAGUGUGAAGAGUGCGAUUAAGACAAUUGAAGAUCGUGCUGCUCGUCAGAAAGAUCGUUUAGUUGGUGAAGAUAUCACUAAUAUUCCGGUGAAGACGAGAUCAAAUGUCGACACCACGUCUAUGCCAUUAAAUACAUCCGAAGUCAAAUUCCCUAGCAUGGAAGAGUUCACUACUGCUGCUACAAAUGCUACCACAAUACCUGAAGGCUGUAUCAUUCAAGAAAACCUCCUCAUCUACGCAAAGACUGGGCUGAUGUAUGUCCCAGAGGACCUUGGAGGCAAAAUACUUUACUACCACUACAGUCGGGUCGGUGCUCACCAAGGUGCACAAAAGAUGAUAGUGCGUAUCAAGAAACAUUUCUACUGGCCGAAUCUAGCUAAAGAUUGUGUUGAUUUUACUGCUGAUUGA